AUGGCGGAUUCACUACCAAACUGUCGGUGGUUAUUGCACAAACUCCUUCCUGUGUUCAUCGUUGUAUGCAUGAGCACAGCUAUAGAAUCUGCAACACUAACAAGUUUUGGAAAUGAAUCUGAUCGUCUGACACUGCUAGACUUCAAGAAAAGAAUCACUGAAGAUCCUCUCCAUAUCAUGAGCUCAUGGAAUGAGUCCAUGGAUUUCUGCAGUUGGAUAGGCGUCACAUGCAAUAAUUCCACCGGAAGAGUUGUGACUUUGAACUUGCAAGCUCAAAAGUUGGCUGGCUGGAUACCACCUUCUAUAGGGAAUCUUACUUAUCUCACUGGAAUCAACCUAAAGAAAAACAACUUUCAUGGUGAGAUUCCUCAAGAAAUGGGUCGUCUACUACACCUGCAAUUGCUUUACCUGUCUAGCAAUUCCUUCAGCGGGAAACUUCCAACUAAUAUAUCUCACUGCACACAACUAAGGGAACUCCAUGUUGGUAACGACCUUACUGGAAAAAUUCCAGAGUGGAUAGGGAACUUUUCAUCUUUGUACAGUAUUGCUCUUGGUGACAACAAUUUACAAGGAAGGAUACCUAAUCAACUCGGGCGCCUAACAAGCUUGGAAGAUUUCCUAGUUUCGACGAAUAACCUGUCUGGUAUGGUCCCAUCUUCAAUUUAUAAUAUUUCUUCCCUAUACACUUUUAGUGUCACAGAAAACCAGCUGCAUGGAGAGCUACCACAAGACGUUGGCAAUACUCUUCCUAAUUUGGAGGUAUUUGCCGGAGGUGUCAACAAAUUCACAGGAAGUCUUCCAGCAUCUUUGUCAAAUGCUUCUAGACUUCAGUUUCUUGAUUUUGCUGAAAAUGGUCUCACUGGGAAAUUCCCUGUUGAAAACCUUGGAAGGUUGAAAUGGUUAAUUAGAGUGAACUUCGAUGACAAUUCACUGGGAAGUGGAAAAGCUGGUGACCUUACUUCUCUUGGUUUCCUGGCUAAUUGUACUAAUCUUGAGGUGUUGAGUUUUAGCCGAAAUCGUCUUGGAGGAGAAUUGCCAGAAUCCAUAGCCAACCUAUCAACCCAGCUAAGGAUAUUUACAAUGGGAGGCAAUUUGAUAUAUGGAGCCCUCCCUACUGGCAUUGGAAAUCUGGUAAACUUGACAAAUCUGGGAAUGGAACAAAACCACCUUUGUGGUAGCCUCCCUAAUGUGAUAGGGAAGCUUUACAAGUUAGAGGGUCUGUAUCUGAAUCUGAACAAAUUUUCAGGGCCGAUCCCAUCCUCUCUAGGUAACUUGACCUCAGUGACAAGGCUCUUCAUGGAGGGAAAUAGGUUUGAGGGAAGUAUACCCCCAAGUCUUGGAAACUGCCAAAAUCUGUUAAUACUCAACCUUUCUAGUAACAAUCUAAGUGGCAGAAUACCUAGAGAGGUAGUAGCAAUGAAAACCCUGUCUAUUUCUUUGAUCAUGUCUAACAACUCUUUAACUGGUUCACUACCAUCUGAAGUGGGUGGCUUGGUACAUCUUGCAGAGCUAGACGUAUCAGGAAACAAGUUAUCAGGUGAAAUCCCUGAAACCCUUGGCAGUUGUCUUAGUUUGGGGCGCCUGCAUUUGGAAGGUAAUGAAUUCAAAGGACAUAUUCCUCAGUCUAUGGAGAAGUUAAGAGGCUUGGAAGAGUUGGAUAUUUCUCGGAAUAACUUAUCUGGAAAGAUUCCAGAAUUUUUAGGCAAGCUUGGAGCUCUCAAGUAUUUCAAUCUUUCUCAAAAUGAUUUUGAAGGUGAACUGCCUAAAGAAGGAAUCUUUCUAAACGUAAGUGGAGUCUCAGUUCUUGGAAAUGAUAAGCUUUGUGGUGGAAUCCCAGAAUUAGUUCUACCUGCAUGUUCCAGCAGAAAGCCUCAUUCAUCGCGAGGACUACUGGCCUCAGCAAAAGUGAUCAUCCCUUUAACUAGUGCAAUUGCAGUAAUAAUUGCUCUUUGCUGCUUGGUUGCUACAUGUUCAAUGAUGAAAAAUCCGAGAGAUAGACCUUUUACUUCAUCUUCUCAUAAUGAUUCAUAUCCAAGUAUAUCUUACUGGGAACUCGUUGAGUCAACUAACGGAUUUUCUGUGGACAAUCUGAUUGGUUCGGGAAGUUUUGGUUCUGUAUAUAAAGGAUUACUCAGUAGUAAUGGUAUGGUAGUUGCUGUUAAGGUAUUAAACCUUCAACAACAUGGAGCUUCAAAGAGUUUCAUUGAUGAAUGCAGAGCUUUAAGAAGUAUAAGGCACCGCAAUCUUCUCAAGAUCAUAACUACCUGCUCAAGCACUGAUAAUCAGGGCAAUGACUUCAAAAGUCUGGUUUUCAAUUUCAUGGCAAAUGGAAGUCUAGAUCCUUGGCUACACCCUAGAGAAGAUGACGGAUCUCAAAGUAAGAGAUUGAGCCUCAUCCAAAGGCUCAAUGUUGCCAUCGAUGUUGCUUGUGCAUUAGAUUAUCUACAUGAUGAUUGUGAAUCAUCCAUUGUUCAUUGUGAUCUUAAACCAAGCAACGUCCUUCUCGAUGAGGAUAUGGUAGCCCAUGUUGGUGACUUUGGUUUAGCAAGCUUCCUCUUUGAAGCAUCAAAGAAUCAUUCCAAGUGUCAGACCAUGUCAGCUGGGCUAAAGGGUUCCAUAGGCUACAUUCCUCCAGAAUAUGGCAUGGGAUGUCAAGUUACCAUUCUGGGAGAUAUCUACAGCUAUGGGAUUCUGUUGCUGGAAAUGUUCACAGGAAAAAGGCCUACGGAUGACAUGUUCAAAGAUGGUCUAAGCAUUCACCAGUUCACAGCCACGGCUUUCCCUGACCGUGUCAUGGACAUAGUUGACACUUCAUUGCUCCUCGAAACAGAAGAGGAUAAUGAUGACAAAAUCAGCAAUGACAUACAAGAAAGGCCGAUAAUGGGAUACAAUGAUAAAGGCGUAGACAAAUCAAGAAGAUUGGAAGAAUGCUUAGUUUCAGUAAUGCAGAUUGGUCUCUCAUGCUCCAAAGCAUCACCAAAAGAGCGCAUUCUCAUGAAUGUGGUUGUGAACAAGAUGAAUGCAAUUAGAGAUUCAUAUCUCAAAUUGACCAACACCAAGUUUGUCACCUAA